AUGCAGGAAGCUGCAGAAGCAAUGCUUACAUUGCAAGCACAGAGCCUUCUCGGCAUGAUAAGAAGCUGCUACGAGAAGGCGGCCCCUUAUGUGAACGAGCUACAAAAGUACUCGACCCAGCUUCAUCAGCUUGAUCGGGCUGCAGCCGACCGAGACAUCCUCUGGAUUUUUAGCAGGUCUGCAAUGGUAUCAGACCGCGAAGAGAAGCAGAGCAAUAAGAGGAAGCUGCAGUCCUCCUCGGCUGUCAGAAUGGCGAAGAGAAGGAGAAGGAGCUCCUCCACCAGCCCUGCACCUCAUGAAUAUGAGAGGAAGGUGCAGUCCUCCUCGGCUGUCAGAAUGGCGAAGAGAAGGAGAAGGAGCUCCUCCACCAGCCCUGCACCUCAUGAACAUGAGAGGGAGGUGCAGUCCUCCUCAGCUGUCAGAGUGGCGAAGAAACGGAGAAGGAGCUCCUCCACAAGUUCUGCACCUCAUGAAAAUGUGGGCCCAGAUGAGGUGACCAGUGAUCCAGAAGGUACUUCUGAGCCCGGCCAUGCAGAUCAGGCUUGCGAAUCAACUUCUGAGCCCGAAUCUGAUGAGUUGGACCUGCAGUCCAGCGAGGACGGCAAGCCUUCGAAGCCCCAGAAGAGGAAGCACUACAAAACAAGGAUUGCUACCAAGAGGCCCUCUGUACAACUGGCAGGCAUCGUCCCUGCAGAUGACUUGAAAGUUUGCCUGAAGAGUGCAUAUGCCUUUCUUCGUGCAGCUCAUCUGGAGUGUGAGUUUCCCUGCUUAGCUUUGCCCAGGACUGCAACAUGCAAGACGUUUGUUAGCUUCAUUGACUCCUUUGCAGCAGCAAUCGGCAGCGAGAAGUGGGUCGUCCUCCUCUUCGGAUGUGGAUGUGUCGGUGCAGGUGCAAGACGGUACCUGGGUGUGGCGCGGCCAUCGAUGAUGAGCUUCAAGCAAAGGCUCCGGCAGCAUCUCAGUCCGGCUGAGAGGCAACAGCGGACCCUGGAUGAUUACAUCAGGCACCUCAUGCUACAAUGGCAGGAUCGGGAGGCUGAUCUGCGAUGGGCAGCUCUUAGUGUUCAGCUACGAACAAGUUUGAGAAUGGGGGUCCGACUCCGGGACAUCCAGCGGUCCCUGAGUGUAGUCUUGAUCAGGGCCGACGGCCUGGGCCAGGCAAAGCACAAGUGCCCAAGGUCUAUGACGAAGACUCAUGGCUUUGAAGCCCUGCUGCGUCCAAGCUUGUCAGUGCUCAUGCUUUGGGCCCAGGGCCAUGCGCUGGCGUUUGAGAUCAAGGAUGCAGAUGUCUACAAGAAUACAAAUUCCAAUGUGGAGGGAAUUUCUCGGCUUCUCGACAAAGUCUACAACAACUGCAAUCAAGCACUUCCUGUCCACAUCUGCAUCGUACAGGACAACUGCAGUCGGGACUGCAAAAACGGUCUCCUCCUGUCCUGGUGUGUCAAGCUCCAUUUGCUGCAGGUGUGUGAGAGGAUAAGCCUGCAAUAUCCCAGCAAGGGGCACACUCACGGGCCACUUGAUGGGCUCGGAGGGCAGGCUGUCACCAAAUGCAGUGCCUGCGAGUUCUCCGAUGCUGACAGUUUGGUGGGGAUCUACGAUGGGUUCCUGCAGCAGUCCACUGUGGAUGGGGGAGCAAGCUUCAGAGGUGCCUGGAAGGGCGAUGAGCAAGCCAACUGGCAGAGCUGGUGGGAGGAGGUCGGUUUGGUCUUCUCCAACCUGUUCGAGAUCACGACCUUGAAAGAUCUCGGCUACCUGCAAGACCGGGACAAAGUGGUUGCGAAAGCAUUGCAGGCUCACCGAGAAGGGGGCAUCAAUGAUGCUGCUCGUGAUUUCUUGGUCGGCUGGGCCAAGGGCACUUUGAGACGACACCCGCGACCUGCCCAGUAUGAGUUCUUGAACCACAACAGGCAUGCGUUUGAUGCUCUUGCUCCUGCAGCUGCAAGGGCUCCACUGGCACCAGAAGAGUACCGGCCGAUACAUGUGCAGGCAGAUGGAGGAGGCAACUUGCCCCCAGGGCCUGAGGACGAUGAAGCAGACGAGCUGCCGGAGUAA